CUUUCAUUUUCACAACCAUGUGUGUAGAAUAAAUAUGUGGUUUGUUUACAUACCAGGGCGCUGAAUAAAUAAUAAUAAAUAUAAUUAAGAAUUAUAGAAAAUCAAGAAUGUCUUUUACACAGAAUCCAAGUAAAAUUUUUGCUGGAUAUAGAGCAUUAGGUUUUGUGAGCAACCACAUACCACUGGCUACACGCUACCAUAAACGACAUAAAGAUAACUAUGUCAUAACGUGUGUUGGACAAGCUUUCCAUGUUUAUAAUAUUAGCAAGCUUGGUAUUGUUUCAGUCAGUGAUCCACAUCCAGAUGACAUCAGUGUUCUGGCUGUAGACUUCCGUUAUGUGUUCACAGCAGCUGGCAAAGGUGUAUAUGCUGUUGCUAGAAAUAAAAAGAUUGAAAAAAGAUUUGUUGGUCACAAAGCAGAUGUCUCCCUAUUGCUUCCAUUUGGACAUCAUUUAGUCUCAGUUGAUGUUGAUGGGUUUUUAUUUGUCUGGGACAUUAACUCUCAAGAACACUAUCUUCAGAUAAAGUUUGAUCCAUCAGCAUUUGCUGUUACUGCCAUUGCCCACCCUCACACUUAUUUGAAUAAAAUUAUCCUUGGGAGCCAGCAAGGCACUCUUCAGCUUUGGAACAUAAAAUCCAACAAAUUGAUUUAUACAUUUCCUGGGUGGGGAUCUCCUGUUACAGCAAUUCAACAGUCAACAGCAGUAGGUGUAAUGGCUAUUGGUCUGGCAGAUGGGCAAGUUUUACUCCACAAUUUGGAAGUUGACAAGACUGUUGUUAAGUUCAAACAAGAUUAUGGACCUGUCACAGCUAUAGGCUUCAGGACAGAUGGUCAUCCCAUGAUGGUGACAGGAAGUACUGCUGGUCAUAUAUCUUUAUGGGAUUUAGAAAAUCGGAAACUUCACAGCUACAUGCUAGAAGCCCAUUACUCAUCAGUUACUGGCCUUUCCUGUCUUCCAUCUGAGCCUCUCAUGGUUACAUCUGCAGCUGACAACUCAUUAAAGGUUUGGAUAUUUGAUUUAGCUGAUGGUGGGGCUAGGUUGUUGCGGUUAAGAGAGGGUCACAGCAGUCCUCCUUCAUUCAUCAGGUUUUAUGGAAGUGAUGGCCAGAACAUUCUUACUGCAGGUCAAGACAGCACUUUAAGGUCAUUUUCAACAGUACAUGACAAGUAUAACAAAAACCUGGGCAGAGCUUCCUACCACAAAAAGGCAUCAAAAAGGGCAGGCUUGAAACUUGAUAAACACAAGAUGCCACCUGUUAUCAAAUUUGUAGCAGAGUCAAGCAGGGAGAGUGAUUGGGACAACAUUUUAGCUUGUCACCGAUCUCUAAGCCUGGUCACAACAUGGAGCUACCAAAGGACCACAAUGGGCAAACACAUGAUUUCACAUGCCCGGUUUGAAAAUGAUGUUUCAGAACAUUCUGUCAGUGCUACUGCAGUGGAUAUAAGCUCAUGUGGUAACUUUGGUGUGAUUGGUUACAGUACAGGUCAUGUGGACAUGUACAACAUGCAGUCCGGACAACAUAGAGGAAGUUUUGGGAACCCUACAGCCCAUUCCUGUACUGUCAGAGGGGUUGCAUGUGAUGCUCUCAACCAAAAAGUGAUUACAGCAAGCUCUGAUGGGGCGUUAAAGUUUUGGCGAUUCAAAUCUAAAGAAUUACUUGGAGAGCUAAAUUUGAAUGUCAUAACAGCGCAAAUUUUCUUACAUCGAGACAGUUCUAUGUUGGCGGUUGCUUCUGAUGACUACACAGUCAGCAUUGUUGAUAUUGACACGAGAAGGACAGUCAGACAUUUUUCUGGCCAUUCAUCCUCAGUUACAGACAUGGCGUUCAGAGCGGAUGGUCGAUGGCUCAUAACUUCAAGUAUGGACUGUACAAUCAGGACCUGGAAUUUACCUAAUGGCAAGUUGAUCGAUGUGUUUCUCCUCCAGUCUCCAGCGACUUCCAUAGCCAUGUCACCAUGUGGAAACUUUUUAGCGACCACACACGUUGGUGAUGUUGGUAUCUACCUGUGGUCCAAUAGGACCCUCUAUUCUCAUGUGUCACUGACACCUUUACCUGCAGAUUAUGUUCCUAAGUUGGCUAAUUUACCAGCUACAAGUGCAAUGGAUGAAGAAUCCUCUGAGUUAUCUAAAGAAGCCCCUGAUGAAGAAGAGGAGUAUGAGUACAAGUCGCCAGAACAAAUUGCUGAUGAGUUGGUUACACUUUCACUUCUCCCAACUUCACGAUGGCUGAACCUGUUAAACCUGGAUGUUAUACAGAUGAGGAAUAAGCCCAAAGAACCCCCCAAAGCACCAAAGUCUGCACCUUUUUUCCUGCCCACAAUAGCUGGACUUGAGCCUAAGUUUGACAUACAGGAGGGAGGAUCAGAUCAACAAACUACUGAAAGCCACAUUAAAAAACCUCUUCUGGGGUCACUGUCAGAUUUAGGCAUACAACUUACCAAAGCACAUCAACAAAAUUCUUAUGACCAAGUCCUGUCAAGUAUGAAAGAGAUGGGCCCAUCAGCCAUUGAUAAAGAAAUAAGGUUGUUAGCAGCAGAGGAAGGGGGCAGUGAUGAUGUUAUGAUUUAUUUCUUGGAAUUCAUACAAUCAACCCUGCAGUCCAACAAAGAUUUUGAGUUAGCCCAUUCUUACCUGGCACUUUUCCUGAAGGUACAUGGAGAAGAAUUAACUCAAAAGCCACAGUUCUCAGAGAGCCUUGAGAAGAUUGCUUCAACACAGAUCCACUCAUGGAAUAGAAUACAGACAUUGUUACAGAAAUCUUUAGGGCUUGUAGGGUACCUUAGGUCUGCUACAAUCUAAUCAAGUGGACUAACAGAGCUUGAAAUCAUAUGUAAUAAAUAUUUAAAUAUAAAUAUCAAGAAUGCUUUUUACAUUAUUUCUUGUUGCAUAUA